AUGCCCGGGAAAAGGCCCCUAAAUGCAACGGCCAUCCCGAGUGCCAAAAGGGAACGGAAAGCAAUUACCCUCGACAUAAAAUUAGAAGUGUUACGACGAUUUGAAGUGGGUGAAAAGCUCAGCCAGAUUGCAAAGGCCUUAAACCUUGCCGUCUCUACGGUGGCAACAAUCCGAGAUAACAAAGAAAAAAUCAAAGCGAGUUCACAAAUAGCUACUCCCUCGAGAGCCUCUCGGUUGACUCGCCAUCGAAGCGCAGUCAUGGAGAGCAUGGAACGCCUGCUGCGUGUGUGGCUGGAAGACCAGAACCAGCGGAACAUGCCCCUGAGUGUUGCCAUGAUUCAGGAGAAGGCCAAGAGUUUGUUUGAUGACUUGCAGCAUGAACAAGGGGAAAGCUCUCAAAAAGAAAAGUUUAGUGCAAGUAAAGGGUGGUUUGUGAGAUUCAAGGAGCGCCAUUGCUUGCCCCACUUCAAGAUGAACAGCACUGCUCCCAGCAGCAAGGACGCAUACCCCGAAGUUCUGAAAAGCAUCAUCGAAGAAGGUGAGUACACCCCCCAGCAAGUUUUUAAUGUAGAUGAGACAGGGCUUUAUUGGAAGAGAAUGCCUGAAGGGACGUUUAUUGCCAUGGAAGAAAAAGCUGAGCCAGGGUUUAAAUCAUCCAAAGAUCGCUUGAUGCUGCUUCUUGGCGGCAACGCCGCUGGGGACUUUAAGUUGAAGCCCUUAUUAGUGUACCAUUCAGAAGACCCCAAGGCUCUGAAGGGGUACUCCAAGCCCAAUUUACCUGUGAUUUGGCGCUCAAACAAAAAGGCCUGGGCAACCAGGAGCAUUUUUCAUGAAUGGUUCACAUACUUUUUUUGUCCUGCUGUGGAAAAAUACUGUGCCCAACAUAACCUAACCAACAAAGCAUUGCUCAUCCUAGACAAUGCACCAUGCCACCCCGUGAAUUUGAGUGAUCUCUCUGAUAACGUAAGAGUGGAAUAUCUUCAUGACAGUACAGCUGACUUGAUGCAGCCCAUGGGUCAAGGUGUAGCCUCUACCUUCAAAGCUCAUUACCUGAAAAGGACUUUUGAGCACAUCCUAGAAGCCACAGAUGGCGAGGAUACAGCUGUGAUCAGGGAGUUUUGGAGAAACUACAACAUCAUGGAUGCUGUGGACAACAUCGCGGUAGCUUGGGAGGCGCUCAGACCAGCAACAAUGAACAGUAUGUGGAAGAAAAUUUGGCCCCAGUGUGUUCAGUUCCAGAAUGUUCCCCAAACAGAUAACAUUGCACAGCUUCGACAAAACAUUGUGACCCUUGCCAGGACUGUGGCUUUUGACACAGUUGUGGAAGCCGACGUGAACCAGCUGCUGCAGUCCCACGAGAACGCACUCUCGAAUGAGGAGCUGAGGCAGCUGGAGCAGGGGCCGGCAGGGGAGGAGGAGAGUGAGGAGGCUCCACCUGCCCUGCGCCAGCUGACCACAGGGGAACUCUCGGCAGCCUUCUCGCACUUUGAGGCUGGCUUACAGGUCCUCACCAGUAGCUGCCCCGAUGAUGAGUGGAAACUGAAAGUUUCACGAGCAAUCAGUGAUGCAAUAAACUGCUAUAGGGAGUUGUACAAUGAGAAGAAGCGGCGCUUGAAGCAGCUAUCCUAG